GUUAAGGCAAUAACAUCUACAAGAUGGACAGGGUUGGCUCUGACUGUCCCCCAAAUAACACAUUUUGUUGCUUACAGGCAUCUAUACUUUAUAUUUGUCAAAUCAUCUGCGUGCACAUGAUUUGAAGGGGCGAGGCUUGAGAGCUAAGCAAGCUGAAUCAAGAUGGCGAGCUUCAUUGAACGGAUGUGCCUAUAUCUUGUGCUCGUGCUGUCUGUUUUCCUGAGCAUCACUCAAGCUGUGGAUCGUAGUAACUUCAAAACAUGUGACCAGAGUGCCUUCUGCAGUCGUCAAAGGGCAAUGAAGCCAGGCCAGUCAUCAUACACAGCCUUACUGGAGACGCUGGAACUCAGUGACUCCCACCUCACAGUGCAGCUCCUGAAUAACAAUAAUAAGGUUCUCUUGCUGCUCGAGCUGUAUCGCCUCCAGGGGAACAUGACCAGAGUGAAGAUCAAUGAGCUGAAGCCCAUCAAGCCUCGAUAUGAGGUGCCUGAUGUUCUCAUCACUGACCCUCCCACUGAACUUAUGUCAGUGGUGGCCCAGGAUGAGCACAGGGUGGUGCUGUCUCUGGGUGGGGAGGACUGGAGGCUCAUCCUCAGUGCCCAGCCCUUCCGCCUGGACAUCAUGGAGGGCCCACAGGUGCUGCUGUCCCUCAACUCCCGGGGCCUGCUAGCCUUCGAGCAGCUCCGCAUACGCAAGGACACUAUUUCCCACAAAAUAAGUAGCACAGUCGGUAGCAUGUGGGAUAAGAUCAAGAGCGUUUUCUCUAGCAAAAGCCAAACAGACACAGAGGAAGCUGGGGAGAAAGAGGACACAGAGAAGCAUGACAAGGAAAAGGUGUCAGAAAGAGAGGAGGAGGAGGCAGAAGAAGAGGUGGAUCAGCCAGGAAUGUGGGAGGAGACGUUCAAGACCCAUGCCGACACCAAGCCUAAUGGUCCCUCUUCCAUCAGUCUGGACUUCUCCCUGCCUGGAGUAGAACACGUCUACGGCAUCCCUGAACACGCAGACGGCCUCAGACUGAAAAACACAGAUGGAGGAGACCCCUACAGGCUUUAUAACCUGGAUGUGUUCCAGUAUGAGCUCUUUAACCCUAUGGCUCUGUAUGGAGCAGUGCCUGUCCUCCUCUCACACAACACCCACAGGACUAUGGGUCUCUUCUGGCUCAACGCAGCAGAGACAUGGGUGGACGUCAGCUCUGGACAGGGCUCCAGUGAGGUCCCUCAGACAGACGUCCGAUGGAUUUCUGAGAGUGGCAUUAUUGACGUCUUCAUCAUGCUGGGACCACGACCUAAUGAUGUGUUCACACAGUACGCUUCCUUAACAGGCACUCAGGCCUUCCCCCCCCUCUCUUCGCUGGCCUACCACCAGUGCCGUUGGAACUACAACGACCAGGAAGAUGUGAGUGCGGUGGACCAGGGCUUUGAUGAACACGACAUCCCCUAUGACUUCAUCUGGCUGGAUAUUGAGCACACGGACGGCAAGCGCUACUUCACCUGGGACAACAACAAGUUCCCACAGCCCAAAGACAUGCUGCAGGGCCUCCUGGAUAAGAGACGCAAGAUGGUGACCAUAGUGGACCCUCACAUUAAGGUGGACAGCAGCUAUAAGAUCCACACUGAGAUUCGCUCUCGAGGCUACUACAUAAAAAACAAAGAUGGCGGAGACUAUGAGGGCUGGUGCUGGCCAGGAAAUGCAGGUUACCCAGAUUUUACCAACCCUGAGAUGAGGAAGUGGUGGGCCAGCAUGUUUGCCUAUGACCAGUAUGAGGGUUCGAUGGAGAACCUGUACACGUGGAACGACAUGAACGAGCCGUCUGUGUUCAACGGUCCAGAGGUCACCAUGCACAAGGAUGCCCUCCAUGGGCCCUGGGAGCACAGAGACAUCCACAACCUCUAUGGCUUCUACGUGCAAAUGGCGACAGCAGAGGGUCAGAUCCAGCGCUCCGGGGGGUUGGAGAGGCCCUUUGUCCUGACCAGGGCCUUUUUCGCUGGGUCUCAGCGCUAUGGUGCAGUUUGGACUGGUGAUAAUGCAGCUGAGUGGGGCCACCUGAAGAUGUCCAUCCCCAUGUGUCUCAGCCUGGGCCUGGUUGGCAUCUCCUUCUGUGGAGCUGACGUGGGGGGUUUCUUUAAGACUCCCAGUGCGGAGCUGCUGGUGCGUUGGUACCAGGCGGGGGCCUACCAGCCCUUCUUCCGUGCCCACGCCCACCUGGACACCCCGCGGAGGGAGCCCUGGCUUUUUGGCCCUGACAACACAGCUCUCAUCCGGGAGGCUGUGCGCCAGCGCUACACCCUUCUGCCCUACUGGUACCUGCAGUUCUACCACGCCCAACGCACUGGCCAGCCUGUCAUGAGGCCCCUGUGGGUGGAGUAUCCAGAGGAUAUUGCCACGUUUUCCAUUGACGAUGAGUUCCUGAUUGGCAGAGAUCUUCUGGUUCACCCUGUAACAGAUGAAAGGUCUAGUGGGGUCACAGCCUACUUACCUGGGAAUGGAGAGGUCUGGUAUGACGUCCACACGUUCCAGAGACAUGACGGAGCUCAGAACCUCUCUAUCCCUGUCACCAUGAGCUCAAUUCCAGUGUUCCAGCGAGGAGGUUCCAUUAUCUGCCGGAAGAACCGUGUUCGCAGGUCCUCAUCCUGCAUGGAGAACGAUCCCUACACCCUCUACGUGGCCCUUGACUCACAGGGCAAUGCAGAAGGAGAGCUUUACAUAGAUGAUGGUCACACCUUUAAACAUAAGACAGACAAGCAGUUUAUUCACAGACGCCUGAGUUUCACUGCGAACAGCCUCUCAUCGAGUGACCUGUCUCCUGACUCCCAGUUUCCCACGGCCUCCUGGGUAGAGCAAGUGAACAUCCUGGGAGCUCAGAAGCCUGAUGCUGUCACCCUCACGACAGAUGGUGGGGAGUCUUCUGUGGAGUUUGAGUUUGACCCGGACACGGCAGUCUUAACUCUUCGUAAGCCAGGCGUGAACGCAGGGGUCAACUGGACAUUACAUCUGCGGUAACACAGGACACACAUACAGAAGUCAAGAGACAAAUGAAAUGUCACACACAGACUUUUGGACAAACAAGUAGACAUACAACUACAGAAAAGCACACAACCAGAUUCAAAAGUGUGGCUAGGAUUUGGAACAGUUACCUGAACCCUGAGAAAGAAACCGCAGGAGAAAUGGAUCAGGGUUGUUGAAAGAGUAUGAAACUCAGGACCACAAAUGGUGUUAGUCAGGAGAAAUUCUGCACCACUAACAAGAGGCUGAAUCUUUGAUACUUAAUUUUAAGAAAUAUUUUUUCCAGGGUUGAAAUUAUGACAAUGAUGAUAAUGACUCCCUAUAAGACUCUAUAUGACUAGCUAAAUAAAAUAAAUAAAUGAUGACAAUGAAUGUCCAAAUGUAA